AUCAUUUAGUUAAGAUACACAUUAGCAAUCGGUUGUGUUGUUUUGUUAAAGAAAUAUAUAAAUAAAGACAUGGAAAAUAAAAGGGAUAAGGUGACGCGGAAGGCAUUUUUCAUACAAUUGCUGUCAACUAUAUCAAUUGCCUUCCUGACGUCCCUCACUGGCUUCACCUACGCCUGGCCAUCAGGUGUGAUAGAAAACUUCCGCUCAAACGAAACUGUGUUGUCACAUCCGAUGUCCUCCCUCGAGAUCUCAUUGCUGGGCAGUCUGACCAACGUCGGGGGGCUAGUGGCCACCCCUUUCUGUGGCUAUGCAGUCAAUAAAUUUGGAAGAAAGUAUACGGCUAUGCUGUAUGGACUGCCGUUUGUGCUAUCCUGGACGAUAAUCUCUCUCACAAACUACGUGCCGCUAAUCUUAGCCGCAAUGUGCGUAGCGGGGUUCGGGGCGGCCGGCCAGAUCGUGACCGGGGUAUACGUGUCCGAAAUAGCCCAGGAUUCCAUCCGAGGUGCUCUGACCUCAAGUGUCGUCUCAGGGUUUUUCCUCGGGCUUCUCAUCUCAUACAUCUUGGGAGGAUACUUGACGUACAAUCAAAUAACUUACACGUUUCUGACGCUGUCAGUGUUGUAUAUUGUGUUUCUGACGUUCUUGAAGGAAUCUCCAGUGUUUCUGAUGCAGAAGGGAAAGGAAAAGGAAGCUGCGGAGGCGAUAGCGUUCUACAGACAUGUACCAGUGACGUCAAAAGAGGUGGAGAUCGAGAUAACGAAAAUAAGAAUACAACUUGAUCCCAGAAUAAACGAAGUGCUGCAGUGUGAGAAUGAGCCCGAUUUAACCAACACACUUUUGAAAGACAGACCGGAACCGACUCUUCAAAAACCUGAAUCGGCAUGGCAAUUCUUACGAAAGUCCGAGUCAUCAAAGCGUGCCCUAGCCACCGUGCUAAUCGUGAUGGCGAUGACCAUCCUAAUGGGUUCCAUCGUGAUCCAGGUGUACGCGGAGGAAAUGUUCAGGAUGGCGGUCCCGUCGAUGCCACCUAACCUGUGCGCCAUCGUGCUGGCUGUCAUUUUCGUCACCGCUUGUUUCGUGUGCGCCGCCGUUGUUGAUAAACUUGGGAGAAAGAUGCUUUUAACAAGCACGUCAGCAGCUUCCGGAGUUUUCACUCUCCUACUGGGGACACAGCUGGAGUGUGGCUGGGCCCCGCACUGGGUCACAGCUAUCCUCAUCUACCUGUACUGCUUCAUCUACACCCUCGGCGCCGCCUGCGUGCCCUUCAUACUCACAGCUGAAGUGUUCCUGCCGGAGGUCCGCGGCCUCUGCAACACCUUCAGUAUGGCCUGCAUGUGGAUCUUCAACUUCAUCACUCUUAUGAUCUUCAACCCACUAGUGGAGGUCCUGAGUCUGGGCAUCGUGUUCUGCGGAUUCUCGGCCACCUGCUUCCUUGGAGCGCUCUACAGUCACUACUGCUUGCCCGAAACCAAGGGACUGCCGGCCGAUGAGAUACAGCUACUAUUCCUUAAAAAGAAAACAAAGAAUAAUAAAGUUUAGUUAAAUCAAA